GUAAACGCUAACUUGGGAUGGGCGCUUGAGCUGGAAAAAUACAUCAUCCACCGAAUGAGCUCAUCGAUGGUCAUUCCAGACGAAAACUCCCUUAUUUAGAUUUUAAUGAAGAGCCAUAUAUCCGAUUCUAAAAAUGCCGAGUAAUAAGCUGGAUAAACCAGAGAAGGUGGAGGCGAGUGAUAACGUGAAGGUGGUGGUGAGAUGUCGACCCCUCAACGAGAAGGAGAAGAUGAUGGGACACAAGCAGUCAGUCGCUGUGGACGAGAUCCGGGGAACGAUUACUGUGAACAAACUUGAUAUGACCAGUGAGCCGCCAAAGACGUUCACCUUCGACACAGUGUUCAGUCCAGACAGCAAACAGUUGGAUGUGUACAAUUUAACCGCUCGACCGAUUAUUGACUCCGUAUUAGAGGGUUACAAUGGAACCAUAUUUGCGUACGGCCAGACAGGCACGGGGAAGACGUUCACUAUGGAGGGUGUCAGAGCAGUGCCUGAACUCAGAGGAAUCAUCCCAAAUUCAUUCGCUCAUGUAUUUGGUCAUAUUGCAAAAGCAGAAGGAGACACCAGGUUUCUGGUAAGAGUUUCUUAUUUGGAAAUAUACAAUGAGGAGGUGAGAGACCUGUUGGGAAAGGACCAGAUGCAGAGGCUGGAGGUACAGAGGCAGAGUAUUUAUACAUGUUUAGUACCGAGACACAAUCCCGUACUAUGCUUUUUUUACUGCUCAGGUGAGGAGAUCUCCGGCUCUGACGGCAGUGGAUCAGAUGACAUGGAUGAGGGUGAAGAUGGAGGCGAGAGACGCAGGAAACGAAGAGGGAGGAAGAAGGUGUCUCCUGACAAGUUGGUGGAGAUGCAAGCUAAGAUCGAAGAGGAGCGGAAAGCACUGGAGGCCAAACUGGACAUGGAGGAGGAAGAGAGGAACAAAGCACGUGCAGAGCUUGAGAAGAGAGAGAAGGACCUUCUCAAAGCCCAACAGGAGCAUCACUUACUACUCGAGAAGCUGUCUACUCUGGAGAAGAGGGUUAUUGUUGGAGGAGUUGAUUUACUGGCUAAAGCCGAGGAGCAGGAGAAGCUUCUGGAAGAAUCCAACAAUGAACUGGAGGAGAGGAGGAAGAGGGCCGAGCAGCUCCGGAGAGAACUGGAAGAAAAGGAGCAAGAGCGCUUGGACAUCGAGGAGAAAUACACCAGUUUACAGGAAGAAGCUCAAGGCAAGACCAAGAAACUGAAGAAAGUGUGGACCAUGUUGAUGGCAGCAAAAUCGGAGAUGGCUGAUCUGCAGCAAGAGCAUCACAGAGAGAUUGAAGGUCUGCUGGAAAACAUCCGGCAGCUGAGCAGAGAGCUGCGGCUACAGAUGCUCAUCAUUGAUAACUUCAUUCCUCAGGAAUAUCAGGAGAUGAUUGAGAACUAUGUGCACUGGAAUGAGGACAUUGGAGAAUGGCAGCUGAAAUGUGUGGCCUACACCGGCAACAACAUGAGAAAACAGACACCUGUGUCGGACAAGAAAGAAAAAGAUCCGUUUGAAGUGGACCUGUCCCAUGUUUAUCUGGCCUACACUGAGGAGAGCAUGAGACAGUCCCUGAUGAAACUAGAAAGGCCUCGGACAUCAAAGAGUGGAAAGUCCAGGCCUAAAACUGGUCGUAGGAAACGUUCCUCCAAGCCAGAGGCUGCGAUUGAAUCCCUGCUGCAGUGAGCCUUGUGUCUGAUGAAGACCACCAUAUUUUGUGCAUUUUCAAGGCCAGUCCAGUAUAUGUCUUAGGAAAUACUGAUUCUUGUGACAUUAAGGCACUUUGACAUAAGUGUAUAUGAAAAUAAAUCGUGUGUUAAUAUGCAGGAACUCCAAAGCUGCUUCAAAGCUGGGUUUAGGUGAGGCUAGUUUGCUGUAAAAUGUCUGUUAAUGAUACUCCAAAAGGCACAUUUCACCUUUAACAUAAACACUGUUACUGUAUAUUCUGCUUUACACUGAUGGCUGGGGCGAGCGAGUUAUUGAUCCGACACAAGUGAUGAGCUUGCCAUCAGGGAAUAUGCUAUUGAGAAACUAAUCGAAUCUUAAAGUUUUAUACAGUUGGCAGCGUGCAAUUGCUUUAGCUCAGUGUACACAAGCUGUGCUACUUUUUUCUUUUACAUAUAUAGUGAGAAUGUGCAUGCCAUGUUCCCCUGGCUGUGGUGCCAUUAGCUCAGUUUACUCUUAUUGUAAUGUAUUUCCA